GUUGAGUGGCAUCCUGAGUAUCACCAGAAUGAGGUAUUGGAAUUUUGUCAACGAGAAGGUAUAGUACUCCAGGCUUAUUCAUCUUUGGGGGGAACUGGCAAUACAGAUUUAAUGGGCAAUCCAAAAGUGAAGAAAAUUGCCGAAAAAUUAGGAAAAACCCCUGCUCAGAUUUUACUGCGUUGGGCUCUUCAACAAAACGUUGCCAUCAUUCCAAAAGCUCGUUCGAAAGAACACAUGGAACAAAAUAUUGAUCUCAACUUCAAUAUCCCAGAAGCUGAUAUGAACAUUUUGAGCAACUUCGAGAGAAAGAAAUACGACUGGGAUCCAGACACUGUUGCUUAAAACAUUUUCAUACAUAAAACUUACAAUGGCAGAUACUUUUUUGGAUAAAAUAAAAAAGUCUUAAUCGAAA